AUGAGACUGGCCUGUCGGAGUGGAGCACAUGACCACUUUCCGAUAGCUUUCCUAUCGCUGUAUGUCAUGACGAUCAUUCUCGCUCCCGCAUUCACAUCUCCUCCUCACCACCGCCAGCCAGAACAGUUCCGCCCUCUGUACCACAUUCAGUCCCCUGUCGCCUUUUGCCUUGACAGUCCGUCGGCCUUGGAAUUCGAAGAGCACUCUGGUCCCUUUGAUUGCCUCACUUCUGAUCCCAACCCCUACGCAAACCUCUUAUCCGGCUACCCCGCUCGCCACUAUCGGAAACUUUGGCGUGAUCAGAACGAAUUCGCUGCUGGGUACCCUGUUGAACAACUCAACCACUUCCUGUUGCCUCCCUGA